ACUAACCCACUUUCGAUCACCAUCUUUGUCUCCAGCAGCGCUCUUUACAGCAGCAUUGAUUGGGUCUCAAUCAAAUAGACUCUUUCAAACAACACAAAAGGCAUCUCACAAAGCCUUGACGAAUAGACGACCUCAAGAGCAAUCCUAUCCUGGUCAAAAUGUCUGGAAGCACAGUAGAUACCAAGCCAGGCUCUGAUGUUCCGGGCUCGACGCCAGCAUCAACCACUGGAGUCACAUCAUCUUCACACGCGAAUUUGAUCCCAAAAGCGAUCGUCAAGAAUGUGGACAUGUCUGAUGAAAUGCAGCAAGCAGCUGUGGAUAUUGCAAGUGAUGCAAUGACGAAAUAUACUGUGGAAAAAGACAUUGCUGCUCACGUAAAGAAGACGAUGGAUACGAGAUUUGGGCCUACAUGGCAUGCCGUUGUAGGAAAGAAUUACGGUAGCUACGUUACACACGAGACAAAGCAUUUCAUCUACUUCUACCUAGGUCAAAUUGCAUUCCUUCUCUGGCGGGCAUGAAAGCGGCUCUGGAUGGGCAAUGUGGUUUAUGAUCAAUUUUGAUCGACAUUCUUUUGCCUAGCAACGAGUUUCACGAUCUCAGCAAUGCUCAUCUGCAACCAGCCAUGCAAUUUUCCCCUCCAAUGAUUUGCGCAUAUAUUCCAGCUUUCUUUCCCCUCAAAUCCCGUUCUUGUCUUA